GGGCAAGGCAAAGCCAGCCGUAGCUAUAUAAUCCCCAUGCCCGCACGCGGCAGCCUCGUCCAUUCUUGAUUCUUCCACCAACGCGCGCGGUCAACACAACCAGCUCGUCCGGAUCCAAAGCUCCGACGAUAAACUCCAUCGCAACACAUCUCGAUCGAUCCGCAAUCUUCUCUUGGCGCGCUUCCUGAACCCAUGGCUACCGUCGCCGGAGGAGCAGUGCUGCAGCUGCGCGUCCCGUCGGCGUUUGAGCCCGUGCGGCGGCGGAGGACGCAGUCGGUGAGAUGCGCGAGCGUGCGCGGGGCGAGGUCCGCGGGCGCGGUGGAGGAUGACCAUUACCGGACCCUGAGGCUGGCGCCGGGAGCCACGAGGCGCGAGGUCAAGAAGGCCUUCCACCGCCUCGCGCUGCAGUACCACCCGGACGUCGCGCGCCGGCAAGGAGAGGACAACGACCAGGGCAACGUGGAUUUUCAGAGGAUCAACGUGGCGUACCAGAGGGUGAUGGCCAACAUGCGGGAGGCGGAGGCGAGGCUCGAGUACUGGCGCGCCCGGUACGACCUCGCCGAAGAGGACCUCGACCGGUACCGGCGCCACCUGCACGAAGACGACGAUUGGUUCGCCGACUUAUGAAUGCUGAUGGAUCUCGGUCGCCAUGACAUGGCAGAGUUGGCAGCACUGUAAAUUUGUGAAAAUGUUGUCACCGUGUAGCUCUCCUCUCCUCCUGUUUUACUGUGUGGAAAAGGGUUACAGAAUUGCAUCCAGGGUUUGACAAUUGCACUUGGAGCCUUUCAUUUUCAUCGUGAGCAAUUUUAAUCGGAACUGUGGCUCAGGAUCGCCUCUUUCUUUUUCAGUCAUAGCGGCCCUAUCGCACUGGACGCUUGUACUGUAGUUGAAAUGGUUCAGUUUUCUGUACUGUUAACGCAUUGGCCAUUUGUUUUGUUUGAUCA